CUCAAACCAACAGUGUGGGCGGGCUCACGUGAGUGGAAGUGGGUAUUUUGAAGGACCGAUCAAUGUGCUGCAUCGCAAAAUCGGCCGCGAGUCCGUUACUUGCGUUUCUGGUGACCAUGCCCAGUUUAACUGCUGAAUUCCAGACCAUUGUUAAUGAGAAAGCUUCCUUAUUACCGGAAAAACCAGUAGGUCAUAAACGAAAACCGGUGCAUGAAAAUUCCUACGACUUGUUUGCCAAGGAAGCAUACCGUAUCUACCAACACAUCGAUAGUCUUCGUCGAUUCCUUCUUUCCAUUCGGCGUCCUUACCUAAGUACCGAUACACGGCACAUUCAACGUAAACGUGCCAAAAGAGUUGUGAAGCCCCAUGUGACGGAUGAAGAAGGUUCUCUCUUUGCCAUAUUUCCGACCGACAUUCAGUUCUUGACGGAUCGUGAACGGGAUGAAAUCGAUUUUCAAGCCAAACUCAUCAUAAGACGGUGCAUGGACCGUGUCAAGGAACUGGAAGAAGCUGAAAAGUUACGUCAACAGAAAGAAGCGCAAUUGCCGGCCAAUCGUCUUGCCCAUUUCCUCAGUUCAGUUUUGAUAUCAUCUUCGGCCGCCACCGAAGAUACGCUAGCCGUGCAUCGGAGCAGUAUCACUUGGUUGCUUAAUAAACGACUGAUGGACGUCUCAAAGUUACAAAAGGACCAACAAGAAAUACGACUGACGCGUCAACUCGAAAAAUCAGAGAAUCAGCUGCAUCGAACGGCGGCCGCCAAUGAUAUUCCACCUCCUGUCCUCUUUGAUUUAUCGGCCAAACCUACCAAAUCCACCACCACCACCACCGCUUUAUCAACAGAUCAAAGUUUGCAGGAAUUAGACACAUUUGAAGCCCAACUUUCACAAGAACAAUUACAAGUGCUUGAAAAAGAGAAUGCCACCAUGCUUGAAGAACUCAAUAACACGCUCAAUCAGGUGCGAACCGCGGAAAAGGCGCUACUUGAAAUCUCGACGUUGCAGACCCAAUUAACAAAUCAUCUGGCAAUACAAACCAUCCAAACCGAUAAGUUGUAUGCCGAUGCGGUGAUGUCGACCGGUCGUGUCGAAGAAGGCAAUGUGCAACUGAUCAAGACGCGGGAACGAAACCGCGGUACUCGCAAAUUUCUAUUAGCAUUUCUGAUCGGCGCCAGUUUUGUCUUGUUAUUUCUCGAUUGGUACUCCUAAAAACUGCAAUAAAAAGGAAGGAAAAGGGAAAAGCAAAAAUGCCAGAUGAGGGUGCUCUCAUGCUUAUCAUAUGACAGUUUUGACAAAUCACCGUUGUUGGCAUUGUUCUUUUUGAUUUGACUGUCAAUAAAUAUCAACAAAAC